AUAUCAAAUCACACCUCAAAUAAAUACAGCCAACACCCAAAAAAAUCAUUCAAACAAAUAGGGAUAGAGAGAGGUUAGAGAGAGAGAGGAAUAGUGGCAUCUCUGGGUCUCUUCUUCUUAGGUUAUGCCGUUACACCUAAAGGCCUUGUUAGAUUUUGAUUUGAAGAGAUCAAUAGUAUUUCGGACAUGGAACAAGUGUGCUUUUGGUCUGAUUGCUUCCAGCAUCAAGUUCUUUCAUUCCAGGAGGUUGACUGGCGGUUUCUCAUCCUUGGAGAUUUUCUUCUUGUUUCCUUCGUCAAUUGCACUUAGUGAACAGCUUCUUAUAAAUGUUCAGUAUAGAAGGCCACAUGCUUAUUUCUUUUAAAAUAGAUGCUGGAUCUUUACUGCGCUUCUUCAAGCUUUGCCGAUACAACAUCCAUUUCAGAUCCUCGGAAAACCAAUUUGUGAGAGCUGAAGGCUGCCAGUAAAUCAAAGAAGCUUUUUACGUGGUUUAAUAUUAAAUAGCACACUUGUUUGUGCUGAGUGAUUAAAUAUUAGAUAACGUCAUUUUCUUUUCACUUGCUCCUGGGUGACUUGUUAAGAUUGGCUAGGUUCAAUUGACUGAAGCCUCGCAUCAGAUUCUGAUUUGGUUUAUUAUGUUGUCUGGAAGCUUCUGUUGAUCAUGUAAUGAGCUAGGUAUUGCAUCUGUUUGGUUGAUCAGUAUAAAGAUGCUUCGCAGUUUCCCCUUGCCUUUUCUGCCUUGUCGUCAUUCCGGGAUCUAUGAUAUGGUAUACUUUAUGAAUAAGGCUGUGAAGCCGGUCCAUCAUGAUGCCGUUGGUGUUUCUGGCAUGCUGAGUAUGAGAGAAAAUUAGUGGUGGAUUUUGCUUAAUCAGCCAGGAAUUUUAUAAUACUGAUAUACGGUCAUCUGUUGGAUAUACAAACACUGAUCUUUAUUUUAUGUUCUUACUCUUUUCGAAUAAAUAGUGUCACGAGCAGUUGAAGACGUGAGAAUGGAUAGGUACAAGAUUAUUAGGGAAGUUGGUAAUGGUACGUUUGGAAGUGUCUGGCGAGCUCUGAAUAAGCAGACUGCUGAAGUGGUUGCAAUAAAAAAGAUGAAGAAGAAGUAUUAUUCGUGGGAAGAAUGCAUAAAGUUGAGAGAAGUCAAGUCACUGCAGAAAAUGAACCAUCUGAAUAUAGUUAAGCUCAAGGAAGUUAUUAGAGAAAAUGAUGUCUUGUACUUCGUCUUUGAGUACAUGGAAUGCAAUCUUUACCAGCUUAUGAAGGAUAGGAGAAAAGUUUUUUCAGAAGCAGAAGUAAGAACAUGGUGCUUCCAAGUAUUUCAAGGUCUAGCAUACAUGCAUCAACGUGGAUACUUCCAUCGUGACCUCAAACCAGAGAAUUUGCUAGUCUCUAAGGAUAUCAUAAAAGUUGCUGAUUUUGGUCUUGCACGGGAGAUUGACUCACAACCUCCAUUCACGGAGUAUGUCUCAACACGCUGGUACCGGGCCCCUGAAGUUCUACUUCAGUCACCAACAUAUGGCCCUGCAGUUGACAUGUGGGCCAUGGGUGCAAUAAUUGCUGAAUUGUUGACCCUCCGUCCUCUAUUUCCCGGCUCAAGUGAAGCAGAUGAAAUUUAUAAGAUAUGCUGCGUAAUAGGCAGCCCAUCCAAGAUUAGAUGGCCUGAAGGACUUGAACUUGCUAGUGCCAUCAAUUACCAGUUUCCAGAAGUUGCUGGUGUCGAUCUUUCUCUGAUAAUACCAGGUGUUAGUGCAGAUGCAAUUAACCUUAUUACAUCACUUUGUUCAUGGGAUCCAUGCAAGAGGCUAACAGCCUUGGAGGCCCUUCAACAUCCUUUCUUCCAGAGUUGCUUUUAUGUUCCACCAUCACUUCGCACUAAAGCUGCUGUAGCAAGCACCCCUCCUGCUGGAACAAGGGGAGCUUUGGAACAUAAAAAUAGUAGGAGAUAUCCCGGGAGUUCAUUGAACCCAAAGCCCGUGAACAAUUUUUCUUCAGCGAAACCACAUGCAACUUUGAAUGCAGGUGUUCAAAGGAAGUUGGACAUGAAUAAUCAGGAUGUAAUUAAGAAUGACAAGAACUUUAAUUCUGUGAACCGACAGCAAAAGUAUCGUCCACCUGCAUUGAAUGGACCAACUACUUACUUGGGAAAGACGCGAGGAGUUUGUGAUGCCACUGAGAAGUUUACAGAUAUGACACUUGGCUCCGGCAGGCCACUUGCAAAGCCAUCAGUGCCUCCACCAAUGAAGGCUGGAGGAUUGCAUGGCCAAUCUGAUUUAUAUCCUAGAAGAUCACAAGAAAUUCUUCCUGGAAGAAUACAUACCAGAAAAGUGGCGGGAUGAAGUCGAGAGGUUAAAUAAGUUUGAGUACUAUGUUAUCCGGUUGUGCAAGUAGCAGUGAGUAGUGUGUUCCCACCUAACAGUUUUAUGUUCCGACAGCAUCCGAGUGCUGUGUUGUUCUCGGCUAUAAUCGUUUGUUUGAUGAAUAAUUUGACGUUAUUUUCGGCUUACAAAUGUUUGGGCUUGCUUUAGUACGCGUUGUUAUCAACAGAUUUCUGUGUGAUGUGCAACUUUGAAUCAAUAACAAAUAAUGAUUUAGUUGAUUAUUAAUUGGUGGCGUGAA